AGAAAAAGUUGCGAAGGGAUUAACGGCAGUCACAGACUGAGAGAGGGGAUGUGCAGAAGAAAGAAGAGGAAAAGAGGAAAGAAUAGGUUUCUGCAGGAUGAUAAGGCUUUUCUUUUAGGUCUCACUUCCUAAUCAUGUAAAAUUUAAUAAAGUUGUUAAUCUUUUUGAAUUUUAAAUUCUGCGUUGUUUCUGUUGUGUUGAAUAAACCUUAUUACCAAUUAUAUUCUGUUCUGGUGUAAUUUAUACAGUUAAUUUAUCUACCUUUCUGUCUGUCUGUAUUGUAUUUACAAGUCCCAGUUUCCAGCUGUCCCUAUCAUAAUGCAUGGAUGUAGAUGAAACAAAACGAAAUGAUGUGCCACCAUACAUACCACCUACCCCACUAUAAAAACUGUUAAGUAGGCAAUAAAAGAAAAUUUGUUCAACAAAAUUAAGCUGAAAAAACCUAUUUGUGGCAAAAGGCAGUGUAAUUAACAAUUAAUACAAAUUUUAUUUUUUAUUUUAUUUUAUUUUAUUUUGGUGGAGGCGACCCCUUCACAAACAGGAAGUGGCGGCGACCAUGGAAACCCUGGACAACAAACCUGUCUUCAGUAACAUUUUUGGAUGAUGGCUAAAGAAGACAGCAGAUUUGAUUUGUCGCGGCUACGGGCAGAACUCGAAGAAGAAAAAGAGAUGAAAGAAAUGCUUGAAGAGUCAGUGUGUGAUUUGAGGAGAACUAUAAAAGAACUACAAGAAAGACUGUUCAGUGUCGAUGAACAAGGGAAUGAAUGGAAGACGAGAUAUGAGACACAAGUGGAGCUAAAUGGACAUCUGGACAGACAGAUUUCACACAUUCAGGACAGGCUGGAGGACAUGAGAGGAAACCCUACGGAUCGUUUGGCUUUCAUCCGAUCAUAUGAUGACAUGGCAGUGGAAACACUUAAACAACAUUUAAAGCUCCUGACCGAGAAGAGGUCUGACCUCCAGAGUCAGCUAAUGGACUGUCACCUUCAAAUCGAGCACGAAGGAAAGGCUUUCCAUAGAGCCAAUGAUGAGAGGCGGGCUUAUCUCACAGAAAUUGCGAAGCUGUCUUCUGCACAAGAGACCCAAAGAAGUCAAUAUUCCACUCAGCGACAGAGGGCACCAGGGAGCAAACCGAUCAGAGGGAAGCAGAUCCGUAGGAAGACCCAGCUUGGCUCUAACAAAGAGGGAGAAGAAGCAGAGGAUGUGAAUGGAGGAGGAGGUGAUUCAACAACGGAGAGGAAAUCCCAAAAGAAAAACAGGUUACCAACUCGCAUUACGAAAGAGACAAAUCCUGACUAAAAUGGCAUCUUUGAAAGAGAAGGGUAAAGUUGUUUGCUUUCUCCUCUGUACAUUUCCUCAUUUGCUGAUUACAUUAGAAAGAAAACAAUGCAGCCUAUUUAGAUAUAUGCUUUUAUGUCCCUGUUUGAUGUAUAGAAGUUAUUUUCUUUGCCCAUUUGUUUAAUUAGUGGCCAUAAAAAGGUGGUUAUUACAGUCUUUACGUGUGGUGAGCUAAGCUGCUAAUGUGUCAGAUCCCUGCUGAGUCUGACAUUUCUCGAGCAGCUACAUUUCUUUCUUUUUUUUAACAGCACCUCCUACGACACGUAUUACGUAAGCAGCACAGCAUCCACCAAUCUACUGUAUGYAGUUCAACCACAGAGCGAGCAGUCACCCCCGUUCUACCCACUGACCAUCUUUCUACAUGUGGGUGUAAGAAAAGUAAGACGAGAUGAAGCUGUGAUCUGAAAAAUUGCCAAAAAAAAAAAAAAAACACACCAAUUCGGUGUUUGUGAAGAAAGUGAAGCAACUGCUUCAGUUCUUGACAGCCUCGCCAUGCAGUAUUAUAAUCUUCAAACUAAAAAGGAAAAAUAACUGUGUUCUAAACCAUGCAGACAAAUCUUACUGACAUUAAUGUCAACCAUUAUUGAUGACAAUUGUAGCAGUCUGCAAAUUAUCCUGAGCUACAUUGUAGCUCACCAUGCUCUGUGACUAAUCUUUGUUCUUGCAUCUAGAAGUUGCAUUUUCUUGCCUAAAGAGGAUUAAGACAGUCUCUGUGUUUCUGCAGUUCUUAGAUAUCUUUGUUUAUGCCAUACUACACUUAWACAGAUGUUAUCAGAAUUUAAUAAAGCACUAUUCUUUAGAUAAACCUUAGCUUUCWCUCUCACUUGAUUUCCAUUACGAUGAUUUAAACAGGAUGACUGAAUAAUCCUAACACCUGCCUAUAUUCACUAUUAAUUAAAAAUAUCUCAAAGCAACUUAAGCUUACUUGUUACUCAUUUAUUACAGCAUUUUUUCCUCUGUAAAUACAUAAUGAGGUCUUUUUUUCUGAUUUGUUCAUUUGAACUUCUGUUGUCAAUGUUUUUCACUUGUGUUUAGAUCGUAUGUUUUAGAACAAGUUAAUGUUGAAAUGUAAGUCCACAAAUAUUCAAUCACUGCUGCGUUAUUAUUGUGCUACACUGUGUUUUGUUAUUUAAAUCAUUUCUGAGUCAAGUUUUCUGUUCAUUAUUGAUUCUUGGGUCAUUUAUUCACUGAAUCAACUAUUUAAAGUAUUACUGUAAGACUUUAUCAGUCCAAAUCUUUGUACUGUGUUAUUUCUUUUAGAAAGUUAAUAAAUGUUUAGAUAUGAUUAAAUAA